AUGCCCGCUUAUCACUCCACUUUAACGGACUACACUCAGUCUGUCGGGAAUUUAGCUCUCUUGCCGAUUCGCACAACUUUUCGCGGACCGGCUCCAAUUAAUCCAAAGAUUGAAUUAGAUAUUAUUGAUGAGGCGUUAAAUUAUUUUAAAGCCAAUGUUUUCUUUCGUUUUUAUGAGAUAAAGUCUGAUUCUGAUAGAGUACUCAUUUACCUUACAUUGUAUAUAUCCGAAUGUCUAAAGAAGCUCCAGAAAUGUGCAAAUAAGAACCAGGGACAGCAAGAAAUGUACAUGCUUGCAAUAUCUAAGUUUGAUAUUCCUGGAGAACUUGGAUUCCCAUUAAAUUCUGUUUAUGCCAAACCUUCUAGUCCUCAAGAAGCUGAUUUAAUGAGACAAUAUCUUCAGCAGUUGAGGCAUGAAACUGGAGGUAGAGUUUGUGAGAAAGUUUUUGCUACUGAAGAUGGAAAACCAAGCAAGUGGUGGCUAUGUUUUGCUAAAAGGAAAUUCAUGGAUAAAUCUUUAUCUGGGCCAGGCCAAUGA